AUGCAGUCCCUUAAAAUUUUACCAAAUAUAAAAUAUCUCUUAGAAAACAAUAAAGAACAGGAAGCUAUAAAUAUUAUUACGCCAAAUAUAGACACUUUAGCUUUGUACCUUAAAGAUUGCUUAGGAUUGUUUACUGCUUCUACUAAAGAAUCAUCACUUUGUCUUUCUAAAAUACACUUUAUAAAUCAAAAUUACGACCAGUCAAUAAAAUUCGCUAUAAAAGCCGGUAACCUUUUUUUAGAAGAUAAAACAUUUUUUUAUAAAGCACUUGUUGACAGAAUGAUGUCCUGUCUUUUAAUAGACACAAAUCAUUUUUGUAAACCUUUUAUAUUAGAUUUAAUUAAAAAUGAUAUACUUUCUGACAGUUAUAUUGGAUUUUUAUUUUCUAUAAAAGAAUACGAAUUAUUUGAAAUGGCACUUAGUAAACAAAUGUCUAAUAAAGAUUUACUAUCAUUUUUAAUUAAUGAAAUACAAGAUAAAAAUAUGUUUUAUAAAUCUAUUAUUAAUAUACAAAAUAAAGAGACAGAACAAGCAUUAUUUCUUUUAAUAGAUGCGUAUGCCUAUUUUAACAUGACAGCGCAGUUAAAAAAUCUUCUCUUGGAAAUGGAAUCUAAAGAUAUUUGUUUAUGUUACACACUCUGUUUCUACAUCGACGAGUGUUACAAAUUGGAUCUACAAGUGGAAAAUCAAAAUAUGAUGCGAAUACUUAACGGGACAUUUAAAAAAGAAAUUUUUAAUAAAUUUCGAGUAGAAAAUAAUCUAACAAGUUUUAAACUCCUAGAUUCUAUGACUAAAUCUUUAACCUCUCAUGUUUCUUUUGUAAAUUCAUUUAUGAAUCUAGGUACUACUAAUGACACGUUUUAUAGAAAUAAUUCGGAUGUAUUUGGAAGGUUAAAUGAAUGGGCUAGAUAUUUAGAUGUUGCGAAUUUAGGAAUGAUACAUUAUAAGAAUGAUAAUCCUUAUGAUGUACUAAAAAAUUAUAUUCCUAAUGAAUCUAAUAAUAAAGAAGGGGGAUCUUUACAAGCCUUAGGAUUAAUUAAUAACGGGUCUUAUAAUGAAGCAGAUAACGAGUUACUAUUGUAUUUUUUAGAUUCAAUAGAUACACUUACUGAUGAACUUGCAUUUGGUUCGUGUAUGGGACUUGGUCUUAUAAAUAUUGGUUCUAAUAAUAAAUAUAUUAUUAGUGCUUUAAUUAAACUUGCUAAGGAAAAGAAUACUAUCUACGGAGAGGCGGCUACUAUAGGAAUGGGAUUAAUUGGAUGUGGAACGUGUGAAAAAGAACUUUUGGAUCAAUUGCGCUGUAUUGAGGAAGAUACAGAAUAUCAGCGCGUAAUACGAAGCAUAGGAAUAGCCAAUGCACUACUAGUAGCAUUUACAAGAAAAGAAUACAAUUUUACUAAUAAAUUUGGAGAUGUACUAAGUCUAGGAACUGCUUUUGUAGGUACUGGUAGCCUAGAAAUAAUUUCUAAGGUUUUACCAUUUAUUAAUCAUGAAGAUGAUGAUGUGAAAAGAAAUGCCAUUAUAGCAUUAGGAUUUAUUUGUUGUAUGGAACAUAGUCUUUUACUUGAUACACUUGAGCCUUUAGCCGAAAAUCAUAAUAACGCUGUUAGAUCUGCUGUAGGAUUAGUAUUAGGAUUUUUCUUUUCAGGUACUGGUAAUGAAAGGGUAUGUGAUUUACUUGAAGGUUUAAUGUAUGAUACUAAUUCAUUAGUAAAGCAAUCUGCUCUAAUUGGUAUGGGUUUUGUUAUAAUGCAAUGUAAUGAUACUUUAAUUAAAAAUUAUAAAAGAAUUAUCGGUAAAUUCAAUAAAGUGAUUGUAGACAGAUCUGAAGAAGGAUCAGUCAAGUUUGGUGCUGUUAUUGGAAGAGGAAUUAGUGAAGCGGGAGGUAGAAGCAUUAUUUUUAGUAUUACUAACAUGUUUAAUAAAAUUACUAAAGAGAGAUUAGUAGGAGCAUUAAUGUUUUUUAAUUAUUGGUAUUGGUAUCCUUAUAUUAAUUUUAUAUCUUUGAAUUUGAAAGAGACUGGUUUCUUUGUGUUUGAUGAAGAUUUACAGUUAGUUGAUAAAAGCUUGAAAUAUAACGGAAACUACGAUAAUAUUUUAAUUAAAGUACCAGAUGUUAAAAAGAGUAGGAAAUUUAAAGCUAAACCGGCGGUAGAAGAAGAAAUAAUAACUAAGGCCGAUGAAAAUAUUCAAUCAGGUAAAAGAUGCACUUUAUUACAAAUGAAAGAAUGUGGUAUUGAGUUUCCGGGUGUUUUUUUUACUAAAAAAUAA